AUGGCCUCAGUGCAAGCAAUUCCAGCGACACUUCCACUUCUCAGUUCUUUCCAGAAGCUGGAAUUGCAACCCUCUGACCGAAAAACUAAUAUCGAUGACGCAGAGAAGCAGGCGACGGAACAAUGGUUGUACAGGUUUACCGAAGAGGACGUUAAGCUUGUCAACAAGGCUUACGAACAUUUUGAAUCGCUUUCAGUCUCUAAUAAUGAGAUUACCCAAAAGACCUUUCCCAUCGCCGCCGAUUCUACUCUGUGCAGAGUUCUGAAUGAGACAACGCAAGAGUUGAACAGUGGCCUUGGGUUCCGCGUGCUGAGGGGACUUCCAGUGGGUUCUUGGACCAGAGCUAAGCAGAUCUCUGUAUUCGCUGGUUUGUCUUCAUAUGUCAAUCCGAAACGGAUUGCGAACAAUGGCAGCAACAUAGUACAUCUAAGGGAUAUCACGAACGUGGAGGCUGAUAAACGCCCUGCCAUUUCUGUCAAAGGACAAACGAAUGGAAACCAAGUGUUUCACCAAGACGGCUUUGUUGGCAUUAUCGCACUCCUUACAUUGGGGAUCGCCGAGACUGGUGGUCUCUCGCAGCUAUCUUCGGUGGGUCAAACAUAUAACGAGCUCGCCAGCACUCGUCGUGACAUCAUUCGAGAACUUGCAAAGCCAGAUUGGAAGAACAAAUAUCAGACACAGGGGCGACCUCUCAUUCAUCCUGUUGGCAAGGACCAAGUGGUUUCGGUUUAUUCUCGUCGGCCCUACUUUGGUUUCUUCGGAGUGGAUCAAGAUAAUGAGCCGUUGCCAGAAAAUAAGCAUCUCGCUCUGGAUGCUAUUCACUUUACGGCUGAAAAAUCCAGCUUAGACCUGACUUUAGAGAAGGGCGACCUGGAAUACGUUAACAACAUUGUUGUAUAUCACGCGAGGACAUCCUCCGAGGAUUCUGAGAAGAAUCAACGUCAUCUGAUUAGAUUGUGGCUGGAUAACGAGCCACAAGAACUGCCUGAGAGCUUAGUGGCGGAUUUCCGAACACCAAGGGAAGGAGAUCGAUGGCCGCAGGAAGCUUGGGACUAA